AUGGAGUCACCUUCCUCGGACGGCCUCGUGGUUGUUGAGCCGUCCCGCACCAAGUCGCACGCUUCGACGCGUCCUCCGCCCGCCGACCCACGCGCCCGCUCGACCAGCGCUGCAGCCACGGGCGCGCGCAGGCUCGCGCAGCAGCCGUCCAACAUCAUCGAGCUGGGCGACAGCAGCGACGACGAGCUGCCGGUCGUCGUGGCAGCGAGGUCGGCGAGGUUGGGCGAUGAGGACGACGACGAGGUGGUCAUCGUGGGAGGGACCGCCAUGGACCUUGCAGCACGGACCAUGCGCCCGUUCCCCGACCCCUCGUCCGAGGACUCGCUCCCCGCCGUCAGCACUCUUUGGGGCGGCGCCGGCCUGUCUAGUGCGCGGUCGGCCGGCCAGACGGCCGGGCGUAGCGCGAGCUUGCUCGUCGGGACCGGAACGUCGGCGGCGCAGACCCUCCCUCUCGCCCGCUCCCACACCCUCGCCGUCAUUCCCGACCUCUCCUCGUCGCACCUCGCCCCGACAUCCUCGCCGCACGGCCUCCCUCCUCCUCCUGCACACCGCGCCGCAGCGCACGCCUUUCCCUCGUCCUCGCCCGCCUACCACGCGCUCUCGCCCGCCCCGACCGCCAAGGGCAAGGGCCGAAGCCGCGCCGGCGGGCCGGGCAGCUCGAGCCUGUUCCGGCCCGACCUCAACGACGACCUCGACCUCGUCGACAUCCGGUCCACGACGGCGGCGACGGCGAGGACCGACCCGCAGUGGCGCCCGCCGAUCGAGGAGGACCUGUGGGCCGACAUUCUGACGAGCCCGGGCCCCAAGGGCAAGGUCAAGGGCAAGGGGCGGGCCAAGGACAGGGCCGGGGUCGACGAGGGCGGCAGGGAGAAGAAGGGCAAGGGCAAGGGGCGCGCGCUCGACGGCGAGGUGGACGCGGCGGCGGGGCGCAAGAGGUCGGCGAGCGCGGCUGCGGCAGACGGUGGGCGGGAGGACGCGCUGGGACCCGGGCCGCAGAAGAAGGUCGCUCGGCCGACGACGUCCACCAACUCUACCUCGACCGCACCCGCACCCGCUCGAGCCGCAUCCGCCUCGUCGACGGCCGGCCUGAGCAAAACGGCGCUCAAGAAGCUCGAGACGGCCGACCGGGUCCGGCUGCGCGAGGCCAACACGCUCCGCGCCGGCGACAAGAAGGCGUCGACGGCCGAGCUCACCAUGCAUGUCUCGGGCCGGGCCUUCCUCCUCGGCGACGAGGGCGGCGACGACGUCGACGAGCCGGCCGCGGCCGGCGCGGGCGCGAGCCGCAAACGGCCGCGCAAGAAGGCCGGCGCGGUCAAGGGCUCGCCGUGGCUCGACAUCGUGCGCGACGUGCGCGAGCGCCUCGCGGCGUACGCGUGCGACGUCGAGGAGCCUGGACGAGCGGCGGCGGCGAGAGAGGAGGAGGACGUGCUGGGCGACCUCGAGGUCGAGGGGGCGGUGCGGUGGACGCGCGUGUGCGACCGCAUGUGGAGCGACGAGCGGCGCAUGUUUGUCCCGCUGCGGGACGGCGAGCACAUCGUCGUCGAGGAGGACUCGCGGCUCGUCUUCCUCUCGGCCCUCGACUUCUCGACGCACGUCGCCAACUCGACCCUGUCGGCGCACCUGUCGACGAUCCAGGCGCGCCUCGCAGCGCACGUCAACCUGUUCGUGCUCGUGUUUGGCCUCGGGUCGCUCUUUCGCGACAUGGAGCGCGCGCGGCAGGAGGCGUACCGCAACUCGGUGCGUGGCGGGGCGGGCGACGAGCGGGCGGUCAGGCCGGCGGGGAUUGGCGAGCGGCAGCCGGGCAAGGACGAGCUCGAGCUCGCGCUCAUGAGGGUCCAGAUCGAGUCGCGGUGCAUGAUCGUCAGCGUCGACAAGGUGUCAGAGGCGGUCGACUGGCUCGAGCAGCUCACGUUCGACGUCGGGCAGAAACCUUACCAGCGCCUCAAGCACUCGCACGUCGCGCUCCUCGGCACCUCGGAGGACAAGGUGCAGAGCGGCAAGGACCUGCAGGACACGUACAUCAAGCUGCUCGCGAGCGUGCCCAAGGUGACCGAGCCCGUCGCAAAGGGCAUCGUCGCCGAGUACCCGACCCUGCGCGAGCUGUACGAGGCGUGGCAGGCGUGCGAGGGCGAGAGGGACAGGAGGGAGAUGCUCGUUGGGAUUGGGAAGGGCCGCAACCUCGACGGGACGGCGACGCACCGCGCCAUCGGCAAGGACCUGUCGGCGACCGUGUACCGCAUCAUGACGAGCCGCGACCCCGACAUGUUCAUCUAGCGCGCGCUCGGCCCUCUCCCUUCCUCUCUCUCUCUCUCCUCCUCCUCGGCCGCCACUCCUCGCCGUGCAGUACGACGCCGUGUGCUGUC